AUGCGAGCACUCCAAUUUACCCUAUUUGAGCACCAACUCCAGGUCGACUUCAACUGGGUUCGACGCGAGUGCAAGGCCUUCCUCAGGAAUGCAAGAGCUCGACAAGAUCAAACCCAGCUGCUAAGGAAGAUUGAAGAAAGAAACAUCACUCCUCGGGCUAUCCUCCAAGGAAGAAAAGCUCCACACCUGCUCCAAUCGCACAGGAACAAUGGGGACCUCCUAGCAGCCCUGAAACAUGCGGCCUCAUCGGUCCACGUCAUAAUGUAUGCAGAGGACCUUGUCAUGUCUUCCACGAACCGGGUGGAGCUGCAGAGAACCAUCGAAGCACUCAAGAUCUUGACUAAUGACAACAAAAUGACUGUGAACCUGACCAACGCUAAGGCAAUAAAAUUCCGGAAAGGGGGGCGUCGCUGCAAGGCCGAUAUACCGUUCAUUUUUGGCAAUGACCUUAUCGGCUUGGAGAAAGCUUUUGACAUUGGUGCCACCGAAGUCGGACGUGGUGGAGAGCCUAAGGCCGGUGAUCACACUCAGCCGGAUCAUCCUCUGCUUUCCAAGGCUGAGAUGCGAUCUCUCGUCCGAGAGAUCGGGCCUCAUCCCUUUACUGCUCCAGGUUGUCUCCACGAUUCUUCUCUUCUCCUCUGCCUUCUCCUAUAUUCAACCUAUCUGAAUGCUGUCCAGUACCUGAGGCUGUUGAUGGAGAGAUGUGGAGGUCGGGACAUUGCCUUGACCGGAGCAGGACUCUUCUCCCUCACUCGCCCUUUCCUCAUAUCGGUAUUUGCCGCGGUCUGUACCUUCACCAUCGUCUGUGUGCAGCUGGCCGACCAAGCGAAAUGUACUGAAAGUAAACGGGUUGAAGCCAUGUAUAGGAUUUGGGAAGUUGCUGUUCGCCUUCCCCGGAAUUCCAUUCAAUUUGGAUGGCGAGUGGGGAGGACGGGGAACCUGGCUCUUCAGUCUCCUGGGCACGCUCAUCUUCGGGGACGCCUGGAUGACAUCUUCGGCUUCACAACGUAUAACUUCUACAGUCUUUUCAUCGCAUGCUUCUUCUACGUAUCGGAGUGCAAGACCAACGAUCUUCGAAGUCUGGUGCAGUCGCAUCGGAAUUUGGAAGCAGAAAUUGCUGCUUUCGGCAUACACCAUGUACCUGGAGCUGAUGGAGUGAUAGACAUGACCCAGGAUUUGUUGUCUCUGUUGAUCCUCUUCUUUUACCCAGAUGCCAUCUCUAAUCUCAUCGACCACAUCCUCCGCAUUGUCUGCAUUCAACAUCCUCAUCCUCGGAAUGUGUUUAAACUGCUUUUUCUGACAAGUCGGAUCCUAAUUGUAACCUACGGUUUGGUGGAGGUCAGCGAAGAGGCCCAUCGACCUGUUCCUUGGAUCUAUUCUCGGCUCAAGCAUGAUCCCAACAAUCCACAUUUGCGACUUCUGGUGGAGAAGCUGCAGGCGUCAAGGAUCGCCUUCUGCGGCGCUGGAAUCUUUUAUACUACCCGGUCUUUAUUUGCAAUGGUUUUCGGAAUCAUUUGCACCUUUACCAUCGUGGGCAUCCAGUUCAAGCCUCCUGUUUGA